GAGAAGAUGCUGGCCGCGCUGCGAGCAUACAAGGAGAUGAAGAGGGACACGUUGGUGCCGCAGUCUUUUAUUGUUCCAUCAGGCGACGCUCGCUGGCCGCGCGUAGCGUGGGGGUACGCACUUGGGAAUGCCGUUAAUACCUUCCGCACUCGAGCUGCGAGACAAGAGCUUUCGCCUCGGAUGCAGACUGAGUUGGAGGAGCUGAGCUUCACGUACAGCGCUGCUCAAUUCCAGUGGGACGAGAUCGUUCUGCCAGCUCUGCGCCACUUCUACACAGUGAACGGCCACACGGAUGUUAGCAAAGCGUUCGUAGUCCCGGAUGGCGACGACGCGUGGCCACGACGGUCGUGGAAUUGGUCUCUGGGUUUCACGGUUCAGCGUAUCAGGAAUUGCAACGGGUAUGCCCGGCAAGUGGAGCAGUCGAAGGAAGAGCUGAAGGAGAUGAAGUUCUGCUUCGAGACGUCGCUUGCUGAGCGUGAUUGGAAUGAGAAGAUUCUUCCUGCGCUGAAGGUGUACCGCGAGAUUCACCACCAUUGCAUUGUUGAGAGGACAUUCGAGGUGCCACGUGAGUCUCCGUGGCCUGAAGCCACAUGGGAUCUCCCACUCGGCCGGACCGUAAAUAAGAUGAGAAGUGAAAAGAGCUACGCGGAGUUCGCUGCUCGCGACGAAGAGAUACUCAACGCCAUAGGGUUCGCAUGGGAUCGCAAUGCGUCUACUUGGAACGAACGUAUCAUCCCAGCGCUCCAAACGUACGUCGCAGAGUUCGAGACUUGUCGGAUGUUCCAGACGUUUGUUGUACCUGCUUGUGAACCCUGGCCCAAGGAUACUUGGAACAUGGCGCUUGGGGGCGUGGUGUACAAUAUGAGAUACCGUGGAUCCUAUUUCGUGCAGAUCGGGCGUGACGUCGACCGGUUGAUUACGAUGGGAUUUCGCUUCGAGCUG